UUAUGUUAUCUGUGAAAUUAAACGCUAUUCAUCUCUCGCUGGAUUUAAAAAAAUUAAACUCGUAGUCUAUGAUUCGUGAUUAGCUUCUCGUAAUGUGUUACGAUUUUCAGCAAUGUGUUUGGAAAUAAACAGAAAAGCGUGAUUUAUUUCGUUUAGUUUCUUUUAAUUAGUGAUUCUAAAAACACAAAAAAUGUUGGUGAUGUGUACAGUAAACAGAGCAAACAAACAGCGACGUUUUUGAUAAUACAAUUCCUCAGUGAGCAAAGUGACGCCAUUUUACGGGAAUGAUCAGCCCGCGGCUGCCUCCUAGUAAGCCUGAUGUAAGAAUCGCACUGUUUAAACGGAUGCAUGGAAACGAAUCUAUAUUCUUGCACUCAUACUGGACGUACGAUUUCCGAGAAAACUAUGGAAGAUGGUAAUGCUGUCAAUGCGAGAGAUGAAAAAAAUAGUUCAGGUUCGUUGGCGAGUUUGUAUGGCGAAAGACCCGCGAAAUUGACGACAAACGGACAUGAGCAUUCCGGCGAGUCUUCGAGUCCGCCUCACGUGUUGUACGAGCACCGUCGCCCAAGUAUCGAAGUCGCGCGGGACGAUAAGUUCCGGAAACGCAUCAACCCACUGAGGAUACAUCUGGGAAAGAGGCCUUUCAUAGAUAAUUCACAUCAGUACUAUAAUUCUAGUAAGAAAAAAAGACUUUAUAGACCCAGUGAUGCCAAUAUACCAACUGGUGUUCCUCGUGUGCCUAAACUUAUACCAAAACGUGGUGAAUUCGGUCAGCUUCAAAAUAUUACAUCACAAGCUGAAUGCCCUCUUGAGAAUGAACAAGACAAACCUGUGCCUCGUCUCGUGCCUAAAAGCCAACUGCAACAGUUUAAAAAGAGUAAAAUUGAAAAAGGAGCCCAACUGAAAGAUUAUGCUCAGAGACUUGGUUUGCAGCCUAUGGUGAAGUUUAAGUGUAGAAAAUGUUGUUCAAUGUCAUUUAAGACCCUGGCCAUGUUGAAGGAGCACCAGCUAGUAUGUCAAGCUCAGGCUAAAGAACCAGCACUGAGUCCUGAAACAGCACCUUGUCCUGAACCUAAUCCUGGUGGUCCAUCUCGUGUAACAAGAAAGGUUUAUUUAUGUUCAGCAUGCGGAACGUAUUAUGAAAAUUGGAACUUAUUUCUUCACAUGCGAGAAGUCCACAAUAGACACAUAUGCCUGUUUUGCUUAGGAAUGUUUUCAAAAGCUGACAAACUCUCUGCGCAUUUAACAAAUAAACACAACGUGAAAGAGUUCAGCUAUGGAACUAAAGAAGAAUUUUUCAACAUUUAUAAUGGGACAUUCUAUUUAAUGUGUUGUGUGUGUGAUGAAAUUUGCAGUGAACAAGAUGACAUAUUCAAUCAUGACUGUAAUAAUAUCAAACCAAAACCGGUGCCUAUGCUUGUCAGUAAAAAUGCUGUAAAACAGACUAAUAUAAAAAAUGCUAAACAUUUCAAUGAAUUACCUCAAAACGGGCCCUUUUCUGUGACUAAAGAUAUCAUUAGAUCAGGCAGUGGAAAUAGAGACAGCACUGAUACUAAAUUGGAUUUACCAUCAGUUUUACAUAAAUCAGCUGAAAGAAUAACAACUGAUGGAAUACAUAGUGAUACUAGUGUAAGUUCAGACAACUCAGCAGCUACCAGUAAAGAUACAAGUAAAACUGCAGAUUCGGGCUUAGAGAGUUCAGAUAAUAGAUUAAUUUCAAGUCCAGUGCACCAAAAUAAUUUUGACACUGUUGAAGGUAAAUGUAACAUGCAUAUAAAUGGUGAUGACAGUUUAGAUCACUCAGAAGAGAGUAGACCAUCGUCUCCUUAUGAAGAUAGUCAAAUGGAUGAUUCCAGAUUGCUAAACAGUAAAGCAGAUGUAACAGUUUUAGAGAAGCCGGUAGAAAAAGAAAAAGAAUGUGGUAUAAAACUAACAUUGAGCCUUAAUAAUGCGAAUUCACCUGUUAUAAUUAACUCCACAGUAGAUCCUACAGUCGGGCAACAAAUCUUGCACAAACCACCUUCUCGUCUCAGAAGACCACCAAAAAGAUAUGAAAGAGAAGCUCCGACUGAACAAACAAUUCAGCCAAAAACACCUUCCAUAAAAAUGACUAUUUGUGAUAGAGCUGAUAGUCCAUUUGUGAAGACCACUACAAUAUAUGAAAAUAACAAAGAAAUGACAGUAAAAACUCAUUUGAAUAAUAAUUUGGAGAUUAUUAACAAUGUACUAGAAACAAAACAAGAUCAUGCCAUUAAAACAACCAUAUAUGAUAAUAAAUUGGAGGACGACAACACAUUAAAUAGGGUACCAAAACUGACAGUAAGAGUACCUAAAGAACUCUUAGAUAAAGAUUCAUCUAGUGAUUACUCUUCAGACAGUGAUGUCAGUGACAAACUCACUGUAGAUGAGGAUCCAGGACCAGUCAAUCCACCAGUAGUUGCUAAGAGAGAUUCAGUUACAGAAGCAGAACCAAUGGAGUUGACACCCCCACUUCAAAACAUUAAGAGUGAAUUAGAACCCUCAACAGAAGAAACUUCAAGUGUGCUGGCUGAAAAUGCUGCAGAAUCUGUUGAAGAACCCAACACAGAACUUCUUGAUGUAGUGAAACCAGUGGAGAAUGCUGUAGAAGAGCCAGCAAUACCUGUAACAGAAUUAUCCUUAGAUAAACCAUUGGAUAAAUAUCCUCUGAAGGAUCUCUUAAAAGCAUUCCUUGCAGCUACGGUACAUAAUUGUAUAUAUUGCAAUCAUGUGCGAAAGAUUGCUGUCAAUUGUGAGCAGUUAUCUUUACAUAUGGUGGCACAGCAUCGGUUUGCUGCUACCGUCGACAGUAUCACUGCAGAAGAACUAAUGCCAGAGACAAUUACAGCAAAAUUAAAAUUAGGAGCUGAAGAACUUAGUUCAGUUUAUAUAAACCUUGAUUCUUUUGAUAGUGUUGACAAGUGUAAUAAUGUACAGUAUGAACAUAUGUUUGAGUGUUUUCAGUGUUAUUUUAAAACUGCUGUCCACAAAGAUCUCUAUUUACAUAAUCGUAAGAUGCAUCAAAAAACAAUAUUAUUGUGCAUUAUGUGUAAAUCAAAUUUUUAUAGUUAUAGUGAAUUAUUGUGUCAUUUAUGUCCAGGGACUUAUAAUGCUGACUAUGAAGCUAAGUUUCGAUGUUGUCUGUGCAGUAUAGACUCUAUACCAUCACAGUUUAGGUUGAUGGUACAUCUCAGAAAAAUACACCAUACUUGCGAUGUUUGCCUUGAAUUCUGCCACAACCAAGCAAGAUUGUCGAAUCAUGUUUGGAAACACAAAUUGCAUCACUUGUGCUACCGAUGCGGCAUUGCAUAUAGAAACAAACCAGAUAUAACUAAUCAUUUGUUCUGGAAACAUGGCACAGAGAGUGUUCUUUGUAAGAAAUGUCUGCAGAAAAAAUGGCCUCACGUCUACCAUUUCUGUACACCUCCGGCAAUAUUCAUGUGUGAAGAGUGUAAUUUACAAUUUAGUAGAGCCGUAAGCUUAAAAGUUCACAAAAGAUUUCAUUCUGGUGAAUUUCCUCAUCCUUGUGUAGAAGAAGGUUGCACAGAAAAGUUUGUGUCUAAAAAGCUCUUGAAUAAACAUUUGGAGCAACAUAAAAAUAAGAUGAGCGUUGAGGACCUUACUGUUCCUGAUAAAGUUACGUCACCUAAAGCACCUGAAGAACCCAUUCCUAUUAUUGAUUUAGUAGAUGAUAAGCCGCCAGAGGAAGCAGGAUCUUCCAAUGAUAAAAUAAAACCUGAAAAUGAAACACAAUCUAAAAAGUCUAAGAAAAAGAAACUAAAAGACAAGGACGCCUUACUGUUAGACGUUAAUUUACCGGCGUUAAAUCUGUCUGAGAGUGAUAGCAGCGAUGAGUCUGAUAGUGGUCUGUCACCAACCAAAGAAAUAAAACUCGAAGAAAAGGUAAAAGAAGAGGCCGAAGAUCCGAAAAUGAAAGGAGUAAUCGAAGGCGAGAAAACAGAACAUUGUGUCACUAUUCCGAAAGUUGAGGAGAAGACAGAAACAACUGAAGACGAGAAACCAAAUGAACAAAAAGUAUUGGAGAUAUGGGAUAACUUCAAAAAGUAUCAAGCUAAAGUCGAGAAACAGAAAGAGAAGACGCCGCCUUUAGUGCCCAUACGAAAACAUGUAUGCGAGUCUGAUCAUGAUUACUGUUUGAUUCCAACUGAUAUGAACGGCGAUGAGGACCCCUUCAAUGUUGACAAAAAGAAAAGUAAAAAGUCGCCUAAGAAAAACAAAGGAGAAUUUUCGUCAUCAAGCAGUAGUAGUAGUGACAGUGAUUCUAGUUGUUCGUGUGGGUCCAAUUGCAGCUGCUCAUCUAGCAGUGGUUCCUCUUCAUCCAGCUCUUCUGAUUCUGAUACUUCAGAGGAAUCCGGCAAUGAGAAGAAAAAGACCAAGCGACUUAAAAAGACUAUUUCUAGAAGACUAAGUAAUGGUUCCAAUGUUGAUGUUAUGGGGAAUGCUGAAACUCCAAUCUUAGUACCAGAAAAAGUAGAACCCCCCAUUGCUGAAUCGGAUCUCGAUACUGAUGAAAGUGAGACAGAUGAAGAAUUCUACGACAAACGUCCUCAAAAAAUAACCAAUAAAUUAAAUGAAGAAAAACGUAGCCAUUUAUUGACAACGCCAACUGUGACACAAUCUGACGGCUGUUCCAUUUCUGGAGAGGCAAGUCGAUCUUCAACACCAAAGGAAAUGAUUCCCGAAACUAUACCAGAAGAAAGAGAGAAGGAAAAAAUACAAAUAGAACAGCCUAAAGAAGAUACAGCUCUUAAAGUGAAAGCUCCAUCGGCUACGAAGAAGAAGAGUAAAAAGAAGAAGAAAUCAAAAAAACGUGGUCCCAUAAAAAUUAACAUUCCCAAAGACAUUAUAACUAACCCUGAAGCCGAAGCACAACAAACCCUACCUCCAAAUAAAAUAACGAUAUCAUUACAAUCCAAUACAGUACAAAUACCAGAGACUCCUAAACUAACUCCAAAACCCACGCCCAAUACUAGUGCUUCAUCUAAGCUUGCAGGAAAUAAACGGGCGUCCAAAAGACGACGCGUCCCCAACAAAUUCUACGGAUACUCUAGUGACGAGGAGUCGCCACAAACCGCUGCUCUGAAACCACAACUACCGCCUAAGCUUGAAUGGCGAAAGGAAGACCUACCAUCGCCCGUAACUCACAAGGCAAAAAAGGAAGUGCCUUCCACGAUAAUACCCAGUAGACUGUACGGCUAUUCCGAUUCUAUCAGGCUGACUACGCCCAUACCAGACCCGGAGCCGCCCAAAAUACUAAUGAACACGGAGUCUAUGGAAUCGAGCGAUUCAGAUAGCAGCGAGGAAGGAAAUUUAGAAAUCGAUCAAUCCAAUAACAGCGGUUUUCCCAUUCCGCCUCCUAGUUAUCUGAAUUCUGGCACUUCGAGUCUACCCUAUGCUUUCGAAAGACCGGCCGUGAGAGAAGCAAGAGAAGGCGAGAGCGUGUACUGCUACUGUCGGUGUCCAUACGACGAGGUGUCCGAGAUGAUAGCGUGCGACGCCGACGGCUGUCCCAUAGAGUGGUUCCAUUUCGAGUGUGUAGGCAUCAUGGUACCGCCUAAAGGCAAGUGGUACUGUCCCGAAUGUAGGAAAAAUCAAAGUUUCUCAGGCUACAGAUAAUUAAUGAUAAACAAAAUUUAAAAAUGUAUAUAUAACUCUGCUGUAUUGUUACUCUGUAUAUAACUUAUUAAUUAUUGUAGAUAGUUUAGGCAUUACCUGUAUAACUUUAUAGUUAGUUUGUGUAAGUUUUAGGUUAUUAGGUCUGAAAGAAAUGUAUAAUUAUUGUUAUUGAAAAGUACAUGUUACGCUUGAUGGAACAGGCUGUGCGGCCAAUUUUGUAACCAGGCAAAAUUGUUAAUGACAUUAACUUACUGCAGAGAAACGGCAAUAUAAAUCCGAUUUUUGAUACCAA